UGUUCUACAGGGACUGUAAAGCAGCCAUAUUGACAUUUCAACAGUUUGCAGUGAGCUUAUCUACUGACUGUCUGUCUUCUAUUACCCGAGCUUCUGUUUCUCUUCCCCUACCGUCAAAUCACAAUGUCGACCUUCGAUGACCCAGCUGAGUGCCCACUAUGCAUGGAACCUUUGGAAUUGGACGAUGUCAAUUUCUUCCCAUGCACAUGCGGUUAUCAGAUUUGUCGGUUCUGUUGGCAUCGUAUUCGCACAGAUGAGAAUGGUUUGUGUCCUGCAUGCAGAAAGGCCUACCCUGAAUGCCCCGCAGACUUCAAACCACUCUCCGAGGAACAGAUGCAUCGGAUAAAGAAUGAAAAAAGACAGAAAGAUAUUCAGCGCAAGCAGAAGAUAACAGAAAACAGAAAACAUCUAGCCAGUGUAAGAGUCGUCCAGAAGAAUCUUGUUUUUGUUGUUGGCUUGUCACAAAGAUUGGCGGACACAGAAAUUUUGAGAAAGCAAGAAUACUUUGGGAAAUUUGGCAAAAUUCUCAAAGUGGUUAUAAACCAGAACACAUCCUAUGCAGGAAGUCAGUCUCACGGGCCCAGUGCAAGUGCGUAUGUAACCUACCAGAGGGCUGAGGACUCGUUACGGGCGAUACAAGCGGUAAACAACGUACACGUCGAUGGUAGGACGUUAAAGGCUUCGUUAGGUACAACAAAAUACUGCAGUCACUUUCUGAGGAAUUCGCAAUGUCCGAAGCUAGACUGUAUGUAUUUACACGAGUUAGGUGACGAGAAUGCGAGUUUUACGAAGGAAGAUAUGCAGAUGGGUAAACAUCAAGAGUAUGAACAGAAGUUACUACAUGACCUCUUAGGAGGUGGUAGUAGUCACAGUCCCGGUUCCUCUACCACGACCACAACAACACACAACCACACAGCUGUAACUACAGCAUCAACAUCAGCUACCACUAACUCAUCAAGUGCUACAAGCCAUGCUGCAACAUCGUCGGGAAGGGAAAGAGCAAAACCACAAUCUAAUACAAGAAAAAAGCAGCCAUCGCCGCCCACCACACAGAAGUCGAACAGUAGAGGGAGCCCUAGUAUAACGACAAAUUCCUGGCCAUCGUUAAGUAAACCCAACAACACUGAGGGAGGGGAUGAAACAACUACACAAAGAGAAGAAUCUACAAUACACAGCCACACAACAAAAGACACACCUUCAGAUAUCGUGGACAGAACAGACCCCCUGCCUACCAGCUUACCGCAGUCCUCAACGCAGGCCUCCAACGGAUUGACCACAGAGGCGCACGAAAACCUUCCACAUCCGCAUAACAGCGCGGCGCCCCCUAUUGAUAUACCCCAGAAGAGAGCGAUAACGGAGACCGGUAGCCUGAGCAGCACGCCGCAUGAGGCUUCCCCACAGGUGCAAUCAGUCCCUGACCUGCCCCCACCCCCAGUGACAGACACCAGGCAACAACCCCUGUCGGGUCCCACAGGACCCCCUCCAAACCUGCCCCACCCCGGUAGAGGGGCCCCCUUUGGUGACAUCGCCCAUCUCUUCGGAGGCAACGGGUUCAUCCCCCAGGCUAAUCUUCAGAGACACGUGCCGGCGGUGCCCAUACCCGGCAUGCCACCGCAGAAUGAUUGGAACAAUGGUAGCAAUUGGACAGCUGGCAAUGAGCUUUUACCGGUAGACAGCCAUACAACAGACUGGCAAGCUGCUUUUGGUUUUACAUCGGACCCUAAAGAAAAGCACAAUGAAGAUGAUUUAGGCUUUGACCCCUGGCAGGAAUCUAGUCAAGGAUUAGCAGACUUGCUGGAGAAGGAGCUCCAGCUCAAUCAACCUUCAAAGAUCACCCAGCCUCCUCCCGGUUUCAACAGUCACAGUCAACCGUUUGUGCCCAUGCAUAGACAUGGAAGACCAGCUGGAAGAAGUAAAAUUCUACCAUGGGUCCACAGUCAAUCUUCACCUACAUCAGAAGCCACACCCACUGGACAGACAGGCCCCGCCCAUCCCCCGCCAGCCAAUCACGUGCCAAGGUUUCCUGCCCCUCGUUCAUCGAUGCCAGGUCACUCCCCGCACAACCCAAAUCCUCUGGACGGUCUGAGGGCGCUUCUUCCCAACAUCAACAUCAGCUUUGGUCAGUCGCAACAGCCUCCGCAGUCCUUCCUACCCGAGAUGACGAGAGUCAAUAGCCUACAACAGAACGCAGCUGAAUCAUGGGUGGGUUCCCCUACCGGUUCAUCAUGGGCGGUACAAGAUCCAGCGAUCGUCAGCAUCAGAAGCACCCUCCCCAACUCAGCAGAAACAAGUGGCAUGGAGGGUGAGGAGAAGCCGCACUGGUUAGAAUCCCUCCAGAACCUGACAGAGACAGACUCGCCCACACACACACCCACACAACAACAGACAAAUCGAUUCUUCCCUGCAGACCACAUACACAACAGAGGUGUUUCAUGGGGUAACCACCUUCCCCCUCCAGGCUUCAACACCACGCAGAUUAGACCGAUAGCACAGAAUACAGCUGAACCACACACAAUUACAGAAAAUUUGUAGCAUCUCGAUAUCAACAGUCUGGAACAGAACAUUCAACAUCACCCAAGCCUCUCCUGAUUAAUAUUGUAUAGAAGCAUGCAGACUUCAGCUACUACGGUGACCCUUGACCCAAGUAUGGAGUGACCUUUGACACAACUACAAAGCUCAGCUGAGAAGAUGAGAGUGACCUUGACACAACUAUGGAGGUCAGAUGAAAGUGACCUUUGACAUGACUACAAAGGUCGUAUGAAAAUUGGCUUCGACACAACUGAAGGUCAGAUGAAAGUGACCUUUGACAUGACUACAAAGGUCAUAUGCAAAUGGGCUCUGACAAACUGAAGGUCAGAUGGGAUGACAUUUGACAAAACCUUCGAAGGUCAAAUGAAAGUGAGCUUUGACAGAACUGAGGGUCAGACAAGAGUGACCUUUGACAUAGCUACAAAGGUUGGAUGAAAGUGGCCUUUGAACUGCGAUGCCAUACUACAUCUUCCACUUAUGAAUUUCAAUGCUUGAUUGAAUUGUUUCUUUUUUUCUUUCAUUACAUGCUAGUCAUCAUAUUUGACUGAUAUUAAUUUGAUUUUGCGUGAUUAGAGAGAUUCCAUGUAUUGGUAGGCCAAUGUGUGCUCCAUUAGUUAAAUUUGUUCCCACCAUUGCGAAAAUCCAAGUGAAAAAAGGGUUAAAGAUUAAUCAAUGACAUUUGUAAAGAUAUUGAUCUAGAUUUCACACUCAAAUGCUGUAUAUUGAACUAUGGAUCAAAUUAAAUUCUGGGCUCCGUCUUACAAAGAGUUUUGAUUGAUCCAAUCGUAACUCAAUGGAAAUUCAUCAGUGUCAUAAUUUUUUCUACUCGAAAUUUGCACAAUGACCUUUGUAAACAAAGAGAAGCACAGUGAAUUUUUAAGAAAAACAAUUAAUGCAUGAAUGUACAUCAUAGGUAGGAAAUAUUUUGAACGAGCAUGCAUAAUACAUGUUGACGUUGCUGGCCGUUCAUAGUUGCGAUUGAUUGGAUCAAUCGCAACUCUUUGUAAGACGGGACUUCAGGAUAUGGGCCACAGACUUCUGAGUAAACCUCGGAAAUUUGUUUCUCUUAGGGCUAAAAAAAAGUCAGAAAAAGGGGGAGUGAUAGCGCAGUCACAUUUCCCCUACGGCAAGCGGAAAGCAGCCGUUCUAACAUUUUUGUACCAGCUACAUAGCAGGUGGUUUGGAUAAAGAUGAAUAAAAUGGCUGUUUUCGACUCGCCUUACAGCCGCCAUAGGGGAAAUGUGACUGCAAAAUGUAGGAUUGAUUAACCCUUUGCGCGCUGAUGUUUGCACAUUCAUACAAUUAAAUUUAACAAUUGUAAUAAUUAGUUUUCUCCUCUACAUACAUAUUAGAGAAGCUUAUAAAUUACAAUAGUUCUUGGAUAACAUCUAUUAUAAUAAUCAUAAGUAUCAAUUGAGCAAUAUGUAAAUCAUGAAUUAAUGAAAAUAUCAUGGAAACAAUUGUCAUUAUCUUCCCAAAUUAAUUCAGCCUGCAAAGAGUUAAAAAUGGAAUAGAAAUGUCUAUCCUUUGUAUGGGCAUCGGCAUAGAUUUGAACACAUUACGUUGGUUAGGUAAAUUGGUACCUGUGUGGAACUUUCUCGUAGACAAUGCAACUGUAAUUUUCCCAGGACAAACUAUUCUGGUGAAGAAUAGUCGUCUGCGGCAUUUAGUAUUUAUUUAUCAUCAAUAGGGCUUUACAUUCUUGGUUUGUUGUUGAUGUCAUUGCGCCUACAUAUUCUCCUCUCAUUCUUCAUGAUCUUUGUUGGGUUUUUUUUAUAGCAGAUGCAAGCCACCCCCCGCCCCCCCAUCCCUUUCCACGAAAAAAGAAGGCUUAUCUCAUAUAGGGCCUUUUCACACGUGAAUCUUGAAUCAUCAUUGUAAUGAUGAUUGCAGUUGGUCUUUAGAGUCAUCGGACCUUUCACACGCUCACUCGAAAACUGAUUUUAAUUUGAAUUCAAAGCACUGCAUCGCAUAUACAAUAUGAUGAGUGCAUGACAAUUGUAUUAUCUAUUUGAGUGAAACUUAACUGGAAUUCACCUCCGGAGUAGACUUUGAAUUCGUGAUUGUCAUUAGCGUUAUUUUUCACUUUAAUCAUCGUUCAAAUUUUGAUUAUUUUACCGUGUGAAAGGGUGGAAAGUUGCAGCAAACAAUGAUUUCAUUAGAAAACAGACUUCUAAAGGUCAUCAACUGAUUAUACCGUAUUGAAUUAACCUAAGUUUGUUAUCAUGAUGGUCGCCACCACAGAUAAGCACAUGUUGGACAGAGUUGGACACUUUAUAAUCAUAGCAUGGAAAAGACCCAACAAUUACCUGGAAUACCGUGAUUAUUACAGAGCUGCCAACUAUUAAGAAAAGUCAUAAAUAUUAUGAUUUUCAUGUCAAAUUAUGCCAUUAUGUUUUUGACCUUUAUACCUCGGUCACAUUCGCUCUACUGCGGCCGUACGGCGAGUUGAAAACAGCCGUUUUAUUCAUUUUCGUUCAAACCACCUAUGUAUAGCUGGUACAGAAAAUGUUGAAACGGCUGUUUUCGACUCGUGUACGGCCACCGUAGAGCAAAUGUGACCAAGGUAUAAUUAUUACUCUUUUGGGCAAAUAUGUAACAUUUAAUACUAUAUAUAUAUAGUAAUGCAUUGAGGCAGUGUCGCCCAUCUGUAGGCAGCCAAGGAUGCUCAUUAUUCCCAUGAUUGUGUAUGUGUAUCUUUGUUUACAUCGCUCUUAAUGUUAUCAUCGCAUGCUUAAAUACUGACCCGAUCUUGUGGUUUUAAUGCUCUUGGAUUUUUCAUGGAUUUAUGCAAAAGAGAAAGUACCGGAUAUGAUUCUGAAUCUACGCCUUAAAAUUCAUUUCUUUUUAAGGAAUCUGUUCUUCAUAUUACCAUUUCAAAGAAAUUUAUACUACAGCGAAAUGAAAUUCUGAGUUUUAUGUCAAAAUUAUGACUUUUGAGCUUCGAGAUAACUAUUCUAAAGAAAUUUAUACUACCACGAAAUGAAAUUAUGACUUAUAUGUCAAAAUUAUGACUUUUGAGCGUCUCGAUAACUAUUUAAAAGAAAUUCAUACUACUGCUAAAUGAAUUCUGACUUUUAGGUCAAAAUUAUGACUUUUGAGCUUCUAGAUAACUAUGUACUACUGCGAAAUGAAAUUAUCAAGAUCCAUAUUUUAUUGUUCGAAAUAGACACCAGAAAUGAAAUACUCAGAAUUUUUUUUUUUCCCCAAUUGAUCGUGGGCCCGGCAGCCGCUGUGCAGGGCCAGAUCGACGAAGCUCUAUCCCUUUUAAUUGUUGAACACCAAACAGGGUAGCAGCAACUCCCAUCUUUUAACGUCUUUUGGUCUGACGCGGCCGGGGUUUGAACCCCCGACGCUCUACCAACUGAGCAAACACACCGGUUGGCUUGUAUGACUUGUAUGUCAAAAUUAUGACUUUUGAGCGUCUAGAUAACAAUUUUUUUUUUACUCUUCAUGUUGGCAGCUCUGUUAUUAUGCUAAUUUCCCAGCAAUUCAAGAUUUUUUACCAGAAUCGUGAAGCACAUAUCUUGUUUAAUUAAUACAUACAAACACUUAGGUGGCAAUUU